AUGUCGAUCCAGAACUUUAAACAAGUUCUCCCAGAGAACGGUAAUGUGAUGGUCGUCAAAGGCCUGAGCCUGGGCGCCUGCGCGAUUCUCAUUUAUGUUACCUGGCAAAUCCUCUACGUGCGCCUCUUUUCUCCCCUCCGGAACGUUCCAGGGCCAUUUCUCGCAAAAUUUUCCGGUAUAUGGCUCCUCUACAUUGAAAUGGCGGGCAAGAGAGCCAAAACUGUCCAUGAGUUGCAUAGAAAAUAUGGCCCUGUCGUCCAGCUCGCACCUAGUGAAGUCAGUUUCACUACUGUCGACGCAAUCGAAGCAUUAUACGGCGUUCAAAGCCUCUUUCCAAAGGCUCCAUGGUACAAGAACAUGACCCGAGGAGGUGUCUUCAACAGGAUCGAACAUGGCCCGCACCGCGAGAGACGGAAGCUGCUAAAUCAUGCCUUUUCGCCCGCAAGCGUCAAUGAUAUGGCACCUCUGAUCCGUGAUCAGGUGCAGAAGCUGAUGCGAGUGACUGAAACCCAUCGUAGCCAGGGUCCGCAGGAUUUUCGGCAUUGGUUUCGAAUGUUGAGCUUCGAUGUCUCCGGCACCGUCUUUCUCGGCCAGCCCUUCGGUGGUCUCGACUGUGAGAAAGCACCGCAGUAUAUCGAAGAUUUAGAUUCUGCUUUCAUCGUCUGGGAUCUCCGGGGCCGUUUUCCCACCCUGAUGCGAUUAAUCAGCACGCUGCCAUCUAAAGCGGUGCGACAUUUUUUGACCGCAGAUGACCGAAUUUACGCCCAUGGUGUCGUGGCCUUCGAUGGCUACUUGGCUCGUCAUGGUCGACAAUCCGGCCGGAAAGAUCUCCUCACGAAGAUUGUCAAGCGAUCGCUGGACCAGAAAGAAGGGUUGACUGACGCACAAGUCGCCGGUGAGAUUAGUAAUCUGACCUUUGCUGCUACAGACACAUCAAGCAAUUCCCUGACUUACCUCUUCUGGGAACUGGCCAAGCAACCCGAUCUUCAAGCUCAAAUGCGGGAAGAACUGAAAGACAUUUCAGUGAGCGCUGGAGCAGGGGUUCCAGACCACCGCGACCUUCUGAAUCUGCCUCUUCUAAAUGCCGUCAUCAAUGAGGCCUUGCGAAAACACCCUCCGGUUCCCAUGGGCUUGCUUCGAGCUAUUCCAACAGGAGGAAAGAAGAUUUCUGGUCAUUUCUUUCCCGCAAAGACCAUCGUUUCCGUGCCCUGUCACACCACCCACCGAGAUCCUGAGGUGUUUCCCGAUCCCGAAUCCUUCAGUCCUCAGCGAUGGUUGGAGCAUCCGAACGGGACUGAUGAGAUGAGGAAACUAUACAUGCCGUUUUCGAAAGGCAUGCGGAACUGCAUCGGACAGCCUAUGGCGCUGUUGACCAUGCGUUUGACAGUAGCGUCCCUGAUCAAACGUUACGCGGUGACGUUGAACGAAACAAUGAAGCCGGAGAAUAUGGAGUGGACCGACCAUUUCCUGGUCAUUCCAAAUGGGGGAUGCUUCCUAGAUUUUACUCCCGUCAACGAGUGA